AAUCCGACGCGCCGACGCCUCCAUUCCUCGCUUCCCCCCUCGCCGCUCCGACCCCGAGCCCCAUUCCAUCCCCCCAAAACCCUAGCCUAUCGCGAUGGCCGCCUCCCCCACUGCCUCUUCCUCCUCCGCUCCCACCGCCGCGGCGGCCGCGGUCGCAGCCGAGGCCACCGAUGGGCCGGUGCUUAGCGUGGUAUCGAAGCGCCUCCGCGCGCUGCGGAAGAAGUACAACCGCAUCACGCAGAUGGAGGAGUCGCUCGCCGCCGGCAAGACGCUCAACCGCGAGCAGGAGGAGGUGCUCCGCUCCAAGCCCGUCGUCGCCGCCCUGAUCGAAGAGCUCGAGCGCCUCCGCGCCCCGCUCGCCUCCGCCGUCGCCGAGGAGCUCUCCUCGCGCCCCGCUCCCGCCGCCGCCGCCGCUUCCUCCUCCGACUCGGAUUCGUCCAUCCAGGACCUCCUCGCGCUCGUCUACUUCGGCUCCCUCUUCGACGUCAAGCUGCAGCAAGACUUCGCCACCACAAUGGUCGCUCGCACGCACGAGCGGAACUGCUGCAUCACCUAUGAUUACGUCACGGAUGAUGCGGCGGACCUGCUCGUGGAGGCCGAUCUGGAUGCUGUUUCUACACUUGCAUCCCUCGCCGCGUCGCGCCCUGCUGCUGCGGUUGGAGUCUCCCACCGCGAUGCCCUCCAUGCUUGUGCCCACCAUGCCCGCCUAUGGCUCUGCCGUGCGGAUGAGCCCAUCCACCCUGACUCCACCAUCACUUAUGCUGGGGUGAGGGCAAAGCUGGAAAGGAUCAUGUCAUCGGACUACUACACAGCACGGACAGAGAUCAGAGCAACAGAGGAUCUGGCUGCUUCAGUGGGGAGUUAUGGACCUGGAAAGGCCCAGGAGAGCACGGUUGUGCCACCUCAGGCUCCAGAAGCAGUAGAGGAGAGCAUGGCUGUUGAAGGACACAAGGAUGAGAAGGAAGAAUCUCAGGCUACUGAAAUCUACACUGACAAUCAGGCUCCUGCAGUUGAUGCUCAACAUGUGGAUGAUGAUGCUCUGGUGAACCCAAUUGAUGAAGUCCCUUCAGCUGAAGCAGAGCAGGAGAGGUUUGAGGCUGAUCUAGAGGAUCAAGAACAAAAAGACCAACAGUUCGUCCAGCGUCGGUCUUACCAGAAUCAGCGUGGUGGUGGUCGUGGGGGCAGAAGGGGAUACCCUAAUGGCCGUGGCGGACGUGGGGGCCGAGGUGGUGGGUACCAGAAUGGCCGUGGCGGCGGCGCCGGUGGAUUUCAGAAUGGCCGUGGUGGCGGCGGCGGGUACUACUAUGAUUCCGGGUACUACCAACUGAGGAACUACAACAACAGAGGCCGCGGUGGCCGCUCGAGUGGUGGCAGCUCUUACUACAACAACCAUGGUGGAGGUGUGCAGGGAGGCGGCCAUGGGAAUCCUGGGAGGGUUGAGCUGGGUGCAAACGCCUAGCUCGCUGACUGUUUUGCUUGAGUGGGGGAGGGGAGCCAUUUUGUUAUUAUAGAACUAACUUAGCCUGUUAUUACGUUACCUUUGGCCCCCAUCUGUGAGUUAUUUUGCUACUCCAAUGACUGCAUAUGGUUGGUCGGUAAUGUGGAAAUACUCUGGGAAAGUAGUUUCAGGUCAUAUUCGUUCUGAGUUACGUCUUCAUGUGUCAA